AUGAGCAACGGAAAGCAUCUUGCGAAGGGCUCGUCGCCACCAGAGCUCCCAAAUGAUGGCAAGCUGCGGCUCUACUCGAUGCGUUUCUGUCCCUACGCUCAGCGCGUUCACCUAAUGCUGGACGCCAAAAAGAUUCCCUACCAUGCGAUCUACAUUAAUCUGUCCGAAAAGCCCGAAUGGUACUUGGAGAAGAAUCCGCUCGGUAAGGUACCGGCCCUGGAGGUUCCCGGCAAGGAUGGUGUCACCCUGUUCGAAUCGUUAGUGCUGUCGGACUACAUCGAGGAGGCGUACUCUGCGCAGCAGCGCAAACUUUACCCGUCGGAUCCAUUCCGUAAGGCGCAGGAUCGUAUCUUGAUCGAACGUUUCGGGGGCGCCGUCAUUACGCCCUACUAUCGCAUUCUGUUCUCGACCGACGGUAUUCCACCCGGUGCUAUUACCGAGUUCGGCAGUGGGUUGGACAUUUUCGAGAAGGAACUGAAGGCGCGGGGCACCCCGUACUUUGGCGGUGACAAGCCCGGCAUGAUCGAUUACAUGAUUUGGCCGUGGUGCGAGCGGGUCGAUCUGUUGAAGUUUGCGCUCGGCGAUAAGUACGAGCUGGACAAGGAUCGUUUCGGUCAACUGCUGCAAUGGCGAGACCUGAUGGAAAAGGAUGAAGCCGUUAAACAGUCGCUCAUUUCCACCGAAAAUCAUACGAAAUUCCUGCAAAGCCGUAAGAACGGUGAAAAUAACUACGACAUCCUGGCGUAAGCAAUCCACUAAUGAUCAUUC